AUGAGCUCGCGCUUGAACUGGUGUGCAAGGAUGACGCCACGGCUCUCAAAUUUGAGGAUUUGCAUCCAGUUCAUAUGGCAAUUGUCCGAUUGCUUGGAAGAGCGUGACUACCUGGCUUUCCGAACUUCAUCGCGCAGCGAGAGUGGCGCGCAGGUCUUGCAGCAGCGGCGUCUACAAAGGACGCAGGCUCUGAAAGAGAAGCGCGUCCGUUGCAAGAAGCUGGGAAGGAAGAGGAACUUUUUCGGAGUGGAAUACAAGUACAUGAAGACAGGCUCCGCUUCCGACGGCUGGUCGGAGUGGUUGGCUUCCCUUGGAGCCUUAGCAAAUGACCCAUCGCUAAUUCUUGGUGCGUGCAUGCCUUAUUAA